GGUUCCAGGUCAGGGUCACGUGCAUGGCCCCGCCUCGCGUCGCCUUAUGUGCCCUCUGCGUGCUGCGCGUGGCGCUGGCCACCGUCUACUUUCAGGAGGAGUUCCUGGAUGGAGAGCGCUGGAGGAACCGCUGGGUGCAGUCCACCAAUGACUCCGGCUUCGGGCACUUCCGACUCUCGUCGGGCAAGUUCUACGGCCACAAAGAGAAAGACAAAGGGCUGCAGACCACACAGAACAGCCGCUUCUAUGCCAUCUCAGCACGCUUCCGGCCGUUCAGCAACAAGGGGCGGACUCUGGUGCUGCAGUACACGGUGAAGCACGAGCAGAAGAUGGACUGUGGGGGUGGCUACAUCAAGGUCUUUCCCUCCCACCUGGACCAGAAGCAGCUCAACCGGAACUCGCAGUACUACAUCAUGUUCGGACCCGAUAUUUGUGGAUUUGAUGUCACGAAAGUCCACGUUAUUUUGCAUUUCAAGAAUCAGUAUCAUUCAAACAAAAAGACAAUCAGGUGUAAGGUGGACGGCUUUACACACCUCUACACUCUGGUGCUCAGGCCCGACCUCUCAUAUGAGGUGCGCAUCGAUGGGCAAGUGGCCGAGUCGGGCGACAUUGAGUAUGACUGGAACCUUGAGUCCCUGAAAUCAGCGGCUAAGAAGACACAAACAGAACCACAGAGAUGGGAGCAGGAUUGGGAUAAGCAGUUUUUGGAUGCUGGGCCCAGUGCGCCCAGCGACUGGAACAGCAAGUUGGACGGGGACUUGCAGGCUCCGCUGCUGCAGAAACCACCCUACCAGGACGGCCUGAAAGCCAAGGGGAUCAACAAUGACGUCUGGCUCCAUCACAAGCUGAAGAACACCAACUACUUGACGGAGUACGACCUCUCAGAAUUUGAGAACAUUGGCGCCAUCGGCCUGGAGCUUUGGCAGGUGAGGUCCGGAACCAUCUUCGAUAACUUCCUGAUCACAGAUGACGAAGAAUAUGCUGAGAAGUUUGGCAAGGCCACGUGGGGUGAGACCAAGGGCCCCGAGAAGGAGAUGGAUGAUGUCCAGGCAAAGGAGGAGGUGAAGCUGGCCCGGGAGCUGGAGGAGGCGGAGCUGCCACUGGCCAGGCAAGGCCAGUUCCGUGGGUUCCACCGCAGGGGCGAGCUGUAGCCGGACAAGGGGAAGGAGCAUAAAAGCUGGUCUGGUGCCCUCACUUGUCCCGUCGUCUUCUUUGCCGACACCGCCUCCAAGGGACAGAAUCUCUGGCCAACAGACCCCAGUUUUAUUGUUGUGUGGCCACAGCUGAGGUGUCCAGGAACCACUCCUGGUGCUCCCAGUGAGUGCUGGUGAUAGCCCCUG